UGUCAGCAAACAUGGCGACCCGAGUCCUUCACAGAGUCAGCAGCGGCCUCAGAGAGACGAGACAUGGGCUCCAGGCGACCGGACAGGCCAUGGUUGUUGCAAGGAACCUUUCUGCUGCCAGAGAGGACAGCUGGUUCAAGUCUCUCUUUGUUAGGAAGGUCGACCCCAGAAAAGACGCUCACUCUCAUCUGCUUGCCAAAAAGGAAGACAGCAAUCUGUACAAAAUACAGUUUCACAGUGUGAAGCCUGAGUGCCUUGAUGCCUACAAUGAACUUUGUGCGGGCAUCUUGCAUUCCAUCCAUGAGGACCCUGAAUACCCCUGUGAGCUGGUGGGCACCUGGAACACAUGGUACGGAGAGCAGGAUCAGGCAGUUCACCUGUGGAGAUAUCGGGGAGGAUACCCUGCUCUCACCGAAGUCAUGAACAAACUCAGGCAGAAUAAGACGUUUAUGGACUACAGACACGAGAGAGGGAAGAUGCUGCAGUCUCGUAGGAACCAGCUGCUGCUGGAGUUCAGUUUCUGGAACGAACCCGUCCCUCGUCCUGGACCCAACAUCUAUGAGCUCCGAUCAUACCAACUCAGGCCAGGGACGAUGAUCGAGUGGGGAAACUACUGGGCGCGUGCUAUUGAGAUCCGCCAGCAGAACCACGAGGCGGUGGGAGGCUUCUUCUCACAGAUUGGGAGUCUGUACACGGUUCAUCACCUAUGGGCUUACAAAGAUCUUCAGUCCAGAGAAGAAACCAGAAAUGCAGCCUGGCAGCGUGAUGGCUGGGAUAAGGUUGUUUAUUACACAGUCCCUCUUAUUCAGCACAUGGAUUCUAGAAUAAUGAUUCCCAUGAAGAACUCGCCCUUGAAGUAACCACCAACACUGGAGGAAAGCCCAACAAAACUCUCCACAGCCGUCACAACAGAGAGUAUAACCAACUGUCGGAGUGUGCACUGCCAGGGAUUUCAGCAACGCGUUGUUUCAGUUUGUGUUUGCUUUCUUCUUUACUUCUUCACUGUCCUUUUCUGUGUGAGCCUAGAAUGUCUUACUUCAGAUGAUGAUCUGUUACAGCAGUUACUGUGUUACUGAUCCAUAAAUGAGCUGCGUAGGCAAAAUCUAAUUUGACGCACUUCUCCUCUUCACGGUUUCAUUUCAAGAGUUUUAGAGGUUUGUCUGUUUUAAAAAAUAAUGAUUAAAAACUACUUUCACCAGUGCUUGAGUUGAGAUGUCAGGAGAGGAUGUGAAUCAUAUUUGCAGAGGUCCCACGGGCUGAAAAAUGUUUUUGUGAAAAUGUGUUGCAAUAGAAAAAAUGACUUAUGAGCCCUGUUGCACUCCAGUAUCUCAACUGAAACACUGAACACAGGGCUUUAAUAAUUUCUGAUCAAUAUUGAUUGGAUAAGCUGCUUCUUCUUCCAAAAAAAAAAUUAAGUGUUUCAGGUGAUGGUCAGUUUUAUAAAGAGGAGCAUGCUGUUUACAAAUCAAAGACUGUUUUAUAAUCAACAAUAAUCCUAAUUAUCAGAAGUAAAGGCCUCUGCUGUAGCACCACAGUCCAAACUUCACCAGAUUUCCACUCCACCAGAACAAGAGAUUUUAUGUUUACAUGGCUUUGAUCUAACCAGCCGACUUUAGUGUGUAACUGUUUUUAAAAUCAGUCAGAUUUGAUAAAAAUAUUCAUACCAACGGUUACGAAGAGGCACAAACAGACCGCAGACUGUCAGACUAGUCAGGAGCACAAAGCCGGACAUUAGAUUAUGAUUUAUAGCACAGUCUUGUCACUCCCACCUGGACCUGAUCACAGUUAUUGGGGUAAAAUUGUGAUCAAUCGCUUGUUGGAGUAAUUUCCCCUGUUUAUGUCUCCUCUGAUAAACUGACCACGUCUCCAGUAUCUUCUCUAACUUUGACAUUGUGACACUUCUGGCUCUUCCAGCUGUGUUGAGGGGACGAGAUUAUUAAAAAUGACUAGAAAUUAUUUUUUAACUAAUCAGUAUCUACAAACUGCUGUACACUGGCUGGUUUGGUCUAUCUCUAUGUCAAGUAAUUAAUGCCAAUUGGGGGAUUGUGUGCUAUAAAUGAGAUGAAUGUUUUAUUUUUAAAUGGUCAGAUUAGAGCUAUACAUAGUGGGCUUACUGACCAAACCAGAGAUAUGGUCAAUCCUGUAGCUGUGAUGAGGUGGGAUAUUCUGACUGUUUUGUGUUAAUAAACAAAUGGACAGGAGAGAAGUGAUUUCUCAUCGUAGUAAAUGUGAAUUGCAGUACUUUAAUAAGAUUAGCUGUACAUAUUGAAUUAAACUUCUGAUGAAAAUGAAA